UUUUUCUGUUUUUUAGCAUAAAAACAUCUUCCAUCACCUGUUUGUGAAAAAAGAACAGUAACUUGACAUUCCCCCCCUCAGAAAGUCUGAAAAGUCCUUAGAUAUCUGACACCACAGCUCUGUGGUGCUCCAGCUUCUCUUCUCCUCCAUCGACUCCCUCCCCCCGGGGUUUAAAAGAUCACGAGACACCUGAGACGCCCCACUGUGGUCUGACAUUAGUACCUACCUGCUACACUUUUCUUUGCGUCUCGUUGACUCCGUUGUUCUCACCUCUGCCUGUUUUCUGCAAGUCUUGCAUCUUCUUAAUAACCCUCUCUUUUCCCCACUCUUCCCAAUCUCUCCUUCCUCUAGCUGUCUGUUUUCCAUUCCAUCUGUCUCAGUCUUUCCAUCUGCUUCUCUGCUUUUAUACCUCCAUCUUUGUGUCUAACCACCUUUCACGCUCCCUUUAUUCCUGCAUCCUACCACCACCUCUGCCUCCACAAUGAGUCUGAGUCGUACCAAGAGAAUCAGCUCCAGUAACUCGGUCCGGAGCAGCAGCGGGUCCAGGAGGCUGAGCGGCUUCAGUCCGGGUCUGGGAGGUUUCAGUGGCCUCUCCCUGAGCAGCAGCUCUCUCUGCGCGGGGGCCAACGGGCACCACCACGGCCUCGGGUCCCCGCUGGCCGCCCUGUCGGUUAACAAGAGCCUGCUGGCCCCCCUGAACCUGGAGAUCGACCCCAGCCUGUCCAUGAGCCGGGCCCACGAGAAGGAGCAGAUCAAGAGCCUCAACAACCGCUUCGCAACCUUCAUAGAUAAGGUACGCUUCCUGGAGCAGCAGAAUAAGAUGCUUGAGACCAAGCUGGAGCUGCUGCAGGGCCAGGGGGUGGGCCGGUCCAACGUGGAGCCCCUGUUCGAGGCCUACAUGGCGGGGCUGAGGCGCCAGAUGGACCUGGUCAACAACGACAAGACCAAACUGGACGGGGAGCUGAGGAACAUGCAGGGCCUGGUGGAGGACUACAAACACAAAUAUGAGGACGAGAUUAACAAGAGAAACAACCUGGAGAACGACUUUGUAAUCCUAAAGAAGGAUGUAGACUCGGCCUAUCUGGUGAAGGCCGAUCUGGAGGAUAAGGUGGGAGCUCUGACAGAUGAAAUCAACUUCCUGCGCAACGUCUAUGAGGAGGAGCUGCGUGAGCUGCAGGCCAGCAUUAAAGACACGUCGGUGGUGUUGCAGAUGGACAACAGUCGCAGCCUGAACAUGGAGCAGAUCGUAGCUGAGGUCAAAGCCCAGUACGAGGAGAUCGCAGCCCGCAGCCGAGAGGAGGCCGAGGCCUGGUACAAGACCAAAUUCGACCAGAUGUCGGUGCAGGCGAGUCAGUACGGAGACGAGCUCCGCGUGGUGAAGGGAGAGGUGGCCGAGGUCAACCGCCUGAUCAGCCGGCUGCAGAGCGAGAUCGAGGCUGUCAAGGCUCAGCGUGGCAAUCUGGAGAACCAGCUGGCUGAGGCCGAGGAGCGUGGAGAGCUGGCUGUAAAAGAAGCCAAGGCCCGGACCAGAGACCUGGAGGACGCUCUGCAGAGGGCCAAACAAGACAUGGCCAGACAGCUCCGAGAGUACCAGGACCUGAUGAACCUGAAACUGGCUCUGGACAUUGAGAUCGCCACCUACAGGAAGCUGCUGGAGGGAGAGGAGGACAGAAUUGGACAUCAGUCCAUCCUCAACAUCCAGACCAUCUCCAACUACAGUACCAAAAGUACUAAUGGCUACCACAGCAACAGCAGCUCUCCUGCUCCAAAACUGCUGAUAAAGACAACUGAGAACAGAGAUCACUCUCACAGAUACAGCAGUCACUGAAAGGACACACAGCAUGCAGGCAGUGGUGGGAUGUAACUAAAUACAUUUACUCAAGUACUAUACAAUAGUACAACUUUGAGCUACUUUACUUUUCUUUUCGUGCUACUUUAUACUUCUACUUCACUACAUUUCAGAGAGAAAUAUAGUACUUUUUACUCCAUU